UGGAGCUACUUUAUGCUAUAAUAAACAAAUAUUUGUGAACCGUGAUAAGAAUUACAUAGUUUUUGUUUCGUAAGUCAUAUUAAUUUCUUAUAAAGAUUAGAACGUGAUAAGCUUCUGCACUUUAAAUGACUUUUUUUUUAUUACGAAAAUUACGUUUGCAAUGUUUGUGUAAUACCCUAAUAUUUUAAACGUUGCGUGUAUUAGGGAUCAUAACUAUUUUGAAUAUUAUUUGUUUUAUUAAUAAAGUUAAAAAUGAGUUCAUCGCAAGAUCCAAAAUUUAAAAUUAAACCAUAUCAGCAGAUGACAGCGGCCGUUACCGGUGCCAUAACAACCUCACUUUUUAUGACUCCUCUCGAUGUUGUAAAAACUCGUAUACAAGCACAGCAAAAGCUUAUGUUAUCAAAUAAAUGUUUUUUAUAUUGCAAUGGUUUGAUGGACCAUUUAUGUCCAUGUGGUCCAGAUAUGUCUAAUUUUAAAAAAACGAUUCAUUUAAAUGGAACCAUUGAUGGUUUAAUUAAAAUUACCAGAUCUGAAGGACUUUCAGCAUUAUGGUCGGGUUUGGGACCAACACUAAUCAGUGCUUUGCCUUCAACUGUUAUUUAUUUUGUGGCCUACGAGCAAUUUAAAGAAUUUUAUAUGAAUUUGUAUAAGAAAUAUAUUAAUAAUCAGUUAAUAGAUUUAAGAAUCCCAGUAUAUAUCCCUUUAAUAUCUGGUGCUAGUGCUAGAGUAUUAGCGGUUACAUGUGUUUGUCCAUUAGAGCUAAUUAGAACGAAAAUGCAGUCAGAGAAACUAAGUUAUAUGCAGAUGAAUCAAGCUUUGAAAUCUGUGAUUAAAAUUGAUGGUAUUUUUGGUCUAUGGACAGGAUUAAAGCCAACAAUAUAUCGAGAUGUUCCUUUUUCGGCAAUUUAUUGGACCUGCUAUGAGACGAUAAAAGCCCAGUUUAAUGUUUCAGAACCAACAUUCGGGUUUAGUUUUUUUGCUGGAGCCACGGCAGGUUCGAUAUCUGCUUUUAUAACGACUCCAUUUGAUGUUAUCAAAACUCAUCAGCAAAUUGAGUUGGGAGAGAAAGUUUUCUAUACAGAUAAGCCUGCAAAAUCAAUGAAAGUUUCAAAAAGCAUGGCAAAUUCUAUUAAGGAAUUAUACAUAAGUAAUGGCUUUAGUGGAUUAUUUGCAGGUCUUUCUCCUAGAAUAUUUAAAGUUGCACCGGCAUGUGCAAUUAUGAUUGCUACUUUUGAAUAUGGAAAAUCUUUCUUCUAUAAAUACAAUAAACAGCACCACAAUGCUUCUUCGUUUGAUGUCAUUAAUAAUUAGAAUAUUUUGUACAAUAUAUUCUGUUUAAUUGAACAUUUAAAUAAUAUUCACUAGAAAAUGUGGCACUGAGCUAUUGCUAUUUAUCCAAUUCUUCCAUAAAAUUAGUUAAUACAUAAUUUCCAAUAUGUAUAUAUGUAUGUAUGUACCUUAUUUUAAGAAUUUUUUAAUUAAAUUGUUUUGAAAUGUUUUUUUUUAUAAAAAUCCGUUUUUGUUUACCGUUUGAGAAUAUUUUUAAAAUUCAUCAAAUGCGUUCCUGUUUAAUUUGUGGACGCAAUACUAUUAAAAGAAUAAGGCGUGAACUCCCGAUAAUCUGAGAGAAAAGAUUCUUUCUUUUAAAAAUUAAGCUAAAGUUCUUUUGAAAAGAAAGAAACAUGACUAUUUA